UCUUUGUCAUUGCUAUAUUUUGUUGCUAAAAGUAAGCAAUAGUUUAUAGGCGCCACAAAUUUUUGUGAAAUUUUAAAAAGUAUGUGACUUUGAUCUUCACAUUGUGUUAAACUGCAAAGCUGUGUUUUUAUUUUUUAUUACUUCGACCGAAGAUAAAACAAAAGCUAAAAAUGAACUUUAGUCUUUUGUCUGUUUUUAUCUCUUUAAACUUUGUUUCUUAUAUUUUUAAUCAAGAUGUUGAGCCAGAGUACGGUCGAGCUAUACAAUGUAAAAGAGAUGAUGGAGUUAGUCAGCGUUGUAUGCCUGUAUUUGAAAAUAUAGCUUUUGAUAAAGAUAUUGUAGCAAAUAAUACAUGCGGCUUGCACAAACCAGAACAGUACUGCGUUCAGACAGGAACCUCAGGAGCUAAGAAAAUUUGUGACUAUUGCGAUGAUAAGAACCCUGGACAGAGGCAUCCAGCUAAUCUCAUGACCGAUAUAAAACUGGAAGAAAAUCCUACGUGGUGGCAAUCUGAAACACUUUUAGAAAAUAAAAAGGGUGUUCAUUUGAUUUUAGAUUUAAAAAAAAAAUACCACGUGGCAUUUAUUAGAAUAAGAUUUCACACGAUUCGUCCACAUUCAUUCUCUAUUUACAAGAAAUCAACCUAUAAUCCUAAUGAAGAAUGGGUUCCUUAUCAAUAUUAUUCAAGAACUUGUGAGGAGACAUAUGGAGUACCUAAUAAGGCUACAGUAUCAAUAAGCAAUCAAAAAGUGGCAUUAUGCACCGAUGAAUACAGUGGUCUUAUCCCUCUAUCCGGCGGAAACGUUGCUUUUUUAACACUAGAUAACAGACCAGGAAAAAGUGAGUUCGACAAAUACAAAGAAUUGCAAGAUUGGGUAACAGUGACGGCCUUAAAAAUAAACUUAGACCAGUUAAACACAUUUGGAGAUGAGGUUUUUGGAGAUCCUAAAGUAUUAAAAAGUUACUACUUUGCCGUUUCUGAUAUUGCUGUUGGAGGUCGCUGCCAUUGCCAUGGUCAUGCUUCAACGUGUGCUCAUUUACAAGGUAAACUUUAUUGCGAGUGCGACCACAAUACUGCUGGUAUGGAUUGCGAAAAAUGUUUACCUUUGUUCAAUGAUCGUCCUUGGAGAGCAGCGCAGGAUUCAGCCAAUCCUUGCAAAGCUUGUGAUUGCAAUGGACUGGCAGAUGAGUGUGUAUUUGAUGAGCAACUAUGGAUUGAUUCAAGUUAUCAGUCAGGAGGAAGAUGCAUCAAUUGCCAAAAAAAUACAGCUGGUAUUCAUUGUGAAAAAUGUAAAGACAACCAUUAUCGAAGAGAUGGUGAAAUUGCUUGCCAUCCUUGUGGAUGUAAUAAAGUUGGUUCUCGGACAUCUAGCUGUAGUAGUGAAGGACGGUGUGUUUGUCAUUCUGGUGUUAUUGGUGAUAAGUGUGACCAAUGCAAGAGUGGUUACUAUGAUUUCUCCCCUAAAGGAUGCAGUCGUUGUGACUGUGAUGUGCAAGGCAGCAUUGGAGUAAAUUGUGAUGCUACUGGACAAUGUCAAUGUAAAGAAAAUGUAAUUGGUAAGCGGUGUAACCAAUGUGCACCAAAUCAUUUUGAUCUUGAUGCUCGUAAUCCCAAAGGAUGCAAAGCUUGUUUUUGUUAUGGUCAUGGUAUUAGUUGUGAAGGUGUUAAAGGUGUUGGGAAAAAAAUAAUCACUUCCUCAUUUGAUAGUGAUGCUGAUGGUUGGACUCUUCAAGAUGAGUUAGGAAAUGACUACUCCAAAAACAUCCAGUGGGAUAGCAAUGGUCGUUAUGUUCUUAUAAAAUCUAUUCCUAACAAGGUUCUAUACAUGGUUGCCCCAAAAAAAUUUCUUGGAAAUCGUCUUAGCAGUUAUGCAAAGUCUUUUUCAUUUCUUUAUGGAAUUUUUUUACAAAAUGGUGACCCAGAUUUACAGACUAGCGAUAAAGAUAUUAUUUUCGAAGGUGAUGGGGAAGUUGCUUAUUUCUCAAUUUCUCACCAAAAUAAUAAUAAACCUGCUGGAAGAUUUAUUAAUUUUGAAUAUAUUCUUCUUGAGCCAGAAGGAAUGCCAACUUUUGAUUUCCAAAAAUUGCUAUCAAAUGUUACUGCUAUAAAAAUCCGUGUUACUUACUUAUAUCCUCGCAGUGGUGCCAUUAAUGACAUAAUGUUAGAAUCUACACAAUAUGUUUCACCUGACUCUGAUGGUCAAGUAUUUUGGCAGGAGAAAUGUGUUAGUAAACAAGGACACACUGGAGAUCUAAGUGAAAAUUGCGAGAUAGGCUAUAAUAGAGCUGAACCAGGGUCUGGACCAUUUGGAAAGUGUGUUCCUUGCCGAUGUAACAAUCACACAAAUUAUUGUCACCCAGAAACAGGAGAAUGUAAGUGUGAAGAUAAUACUUCAGGAAAAAAUUGUGAGAAUUGUUUAGAAGGAUAUUAUGGGAAUCCAACAAAUGGACAUGCAGAUGAUUGCAAACUAUGCCCAUGUAUUUUUGGAAGCCAGUGUAUUUUGAUUAGUGAUCACAUCAAGUGCACAAACUGUCCUGUUGGACAUACUGGGGAUUUAUGUGAAAUUUGUGAUGAUGGUUAUUUCGGUAUACCUACAAAAAAUGUAAAAAGCUCAAGGUGUCAGAAAUGUGAUUGUAAUGAGAAUGUUGACUUGAAUGCCAUUGGAAAUUGUGACCACAAAACAGGAGAAUGUAAAAAGUGUAUUUAUAAUACUAUGAAUGGUCCUGAAAAAAAAUGUGAGCUUUGUUCUGUUGGAUAUUAUGGUGAUGCUCUUGCUGAACCUAAAGGAAAUUGUACAGCUUGUAAAUGCUUUGAAAGUGGAACUAUUGUUUCUUUGGGAUUCAAGAGUGGCGAUCCAAUACCAUGCGACUCUAAUGGAAACUGUCAAUGCAGGAAAAAUGUAUUGGGUAAGCAAUGUAAUACUUGUCCAAGUGGUCAUUGGAACAUUGAAGCUGGCUGUGAAAAAUGUGAAUGUAAUCAGAUAGGAUCAAUUGGAAAUGAGUGUGAUAUUAAAACAGGAAGUUGCAAAUGUAAACCAGGUGUUACAGGAAGAAAGUGUGAUCAAUGCAGUACAGGAUUUUAUCAGUUUUCUUUAACUGGAUGUGAAGCAUGCAACUGCCAUCCAGAAGGAUCAAAAAACCAAAACUGCAGCAGUACUGGAAUCUGUGAUUGUUUACCUGGAGUGCUAGGACUAAAAUGUGAUAAAUGUCCUGAAAACAAGUAUAAUCUCUCUCUUGGGUGCACUGAUUGUCCACCAUGUUUUAAACUGAUUCAGGUAGUUGUCAAUCAAAUUCGAGAAAAGCUUUUUAAUUUUGAAGGUGUAAAAAAUAAUAUUUCUGCUGUCUCAGAAUUGAACAUUAGAGAUGCUGAUUUUGAAUCAGCUUUGAAUGCUUUACGAAAAGAAGUUGAUUCACUGUAUACAAAAGUUUUGCAAUUAUCAAAAGAUGACAAAGCAUUGUUUGAAUUUUUUAAGUCAUUGUCUGAAAAGUUUAUGCAUUUAAAUGAUAUUAUUGUUGGUUUGGAAGCAAUGGUAUCAAAAUCUGAGGGUGCUGCCACAACUAGUAUGACAAAAACUAAAGAAGCUGAAGAUAUAAUUGAACUAAUUAAAAAGCUACUCAAAGAAAUUGAAGAUAAAAUAAAAAAUAACAAAGAUCAUGUCAACUCCCACAGUGUAAAUACUAAUAUGCAAAAUGACACAGCAAAAAUUUUAAAAGAAAUUGCUGAGGAGGCACGUAAACUUGCUAAUAGACAAGAAAAGGAGUCCAAUGAAGUUAACCAAAUUGCAAUUACAGCAUAUAAUAUAUCAGUUGAUGCACUUGAACAAGCACAAAAUGCAAAAACAGUAGAAGAAAAAUUAUAUAACAAGCUAGUUAACAUGGACAAAAAUUUUGAAGAAUCUAUGACUAUAGCAAAUGAAGCUCUUUCACUGAUAUAUAAAACAAAAAAUAAUUCAUUAACCGUUUUAGAGGAUGCAAAAGAUUUAAUUCUAGAAGCAAAGAAAGACCUGCCUGACUUUAUGAUCAACAAGACAUUAGAUAAAACCUCUGUAAUUAAGAACAGCUCAAAUGAACUAAAUGAAAAUUCAUUGUCUCUCACCAAUGAGAAUGCUGUUAUUGUUUCAAAUCUUCAAAUAAGUGAAAAAGAGGCUCGUGAUUUAAUGGAGAAAGGAGUUUCUUUACGAAAUCAGUCUGAUGAACUGCAUCUUCUUGCUAUAAAUGCUAGCCAAGAAGCAGCUAAUGCACAAGCUAUUGGAGCCAAAGUAGCCAAAGAAGCGCAAGAUAUGUUAGAAACUUUAAAGGGUUUUAAUGAAAAUAUCAAACGAUCAAAAGCGAAUGCGUCUGAAGCAUUAAAACUAAUACCAUUAAUAGAAAAACUUAUAGCUGAUGCUAAUAUCACCGGAAAAAUUGCAUCUGAAAAUGCUGAUAUGUCUAUAGUAGACACAACAGCUUCUUUGAGUUUGUCAAGAGAUGCAGUCAAGUCAGUAUCACAAGCAAAUAUAGAUCUUGAUGAUAUAAUCUCUCAAUUGCGAGCCUUAUUAAAUGAGAUAACGUCAUUUGUUUCAAAUGAGUUAAACACAACAAACAAAAAUAUACACUCAGUUGACAAAUCGCUUGAUGUUUAUAGAAAACAAGCCCAAAGUGAAGCAGCUGCUAUAGAAGAUGCAUCUUCUAAAAUACUUUUUGCAAAACUUAAUGCAUCAAAGGCACAAAGUGAUCUGUCCAAUUCAUUAGAUGAUGUUGAAGAGCUAGUGGCAACCAUAGAGAAUCUAAACUUCAUCGAUAUGCCAACAUUGUUAGCUGCUGAAAGUCGUCUUGCUAAUGCUUCUGCGAUAAUAAAAGGGCAAAUCGCUUCGGAUAUAAAUUAUUUAGAGAUUAAGUUAAAAGAGCAAGAAUCUCUCAUCACUCAAUACAAUCUUGAUCUGGAGCCUUUGCGAAAAGCUUCACAGAAAACUGAACAGCUAUUUGACUUUAUUCCAAGAGAAUCUUGUUAUAAACCAGAGAGUAAGUUAGAAGGUGGAGACCAAUCGUAGUUUUUUUUUUAUUUUCUUUAGAAUGAGAUAAGUUUGAAUUAUGCGUCGUAACGUGGAAAUGACCAUUGCGCAGUAAAUCGAUAGGUUAAAUAUUUUAUCAUACAUAAAAUAUAUUGUUUACUUAACCGCACUUACUAGAGUAAUUUUAAUCAACUAUUUAUACAGAAAUUCUUAUUGUAAAUUAGACAAUACUUUUAUUGAAAAACUAUCAAACUAUUAUUAUUUUUGAACCAAAGAUUUUAUUCAUGUUUA